AUGAGGUUAAUGAACUUACGAACUGUUUAUAUUUUUAAAAUUUGAAUUGGUUGUAGGAGGUGGUGGUAGAUUUCCGACCUCCACUAUUAAAUUAAAAUUUUUAAACUUUUUUUUGUUCAGUAGGUUCUUUUUUCAUUUCAUUUUCGUAUUAAGUUCUAGUUUUUUAAAUUUAAGAUGAAGGAAAUUAACCUUAAGAACGUAGAAAAUAUAUACGUAUUAGACGGAGGGUUCUCGUCGCAACUGUCCCGGCACGUUGGUGUUACACCUGAUGGAGACCCGCUAUGGACAUCUCGCUUUCUACAGACUAAUUCUCAAGAAAUAGUUGAUACUCACCUUGACUUUAUUCGAGCUGGUUCAGACAUUAUUUCUACUAACACUUAUCAAGCUUCUGUUGAAGCCUUUAUGAAACACCUGGGAAUAUCAUCGGAUGAAGGUUUAUCAUUAAUUAAACAUGCUGUGCGUUUAGCGCAACAAGCGAGGAGUAAAUACAUAGACGAGUGCAAGUCCCGUGAUUUAACUCCACGUAAUAUUCUGAUAGCAGGCUCUAUUGGGCCAUUUGGGGCAUCUCUGAAUGAUGGAUCAGAGUACAGUGGAAAUUACAUCAAAACAAUUUCCGAAAAACAUAUUCAAAACUGGCAUAAACCUAGAUUGGAUGUUUUAGUCAAAUCUGGUGUAGAUUUAAUUGCAUUUGAGACCAUACCUUGUGAAAAAGAAGCUCUAAUACUUGUUAAUAUGUUGAAAGAAUAUCCAGAGACAAAAGGAUGGAUAUCAUUCAGCUGUAAAGACGAUAUGAGUAUAGCACAUGGGGAACAUUUUUCUAAAGUAGUUAUGAAUUGUCUGCAAGCAAAUCCUGAGCAAAUACUAGCUAUAGGCAUUAAUUGCUGCUCGCCAAAACUUGUCGGACUUAAUAACAAGUCUGGAGGUAGACAUACCUAUUGUGACAUAUCCAAACUCAGGAGAAAAGUUUAUUCCCGGACAUGGAUGGGCAGAUGAUCAAUGUCAACCAUUGCACUCAUUUGUGUCUUGUUGGUU